CAAGAACAGACAACUUGCAACUAUUUCUAGAAUAGCACUUAACCACUGCGCUGUAUGUUUGGCUCAUCUGAUGAUUAAUACCGUCUUUUCCUAAUUAAGGAUCAUGUGAAUAUCUCAACUACACUACAUACCUGAACCUGCACUACAGGGCAACGGGCGUACGCAGGGGGGAGGACCGUUCGUCAGUUAGCGCAUGCACCAAAGCCAUCAAGGUUCGUCGCAAUCAUUCGAAACCCUGCUGCGGACAGAUUGCCAAGUCAGUGCUCCCCGCCCAUCGUCACUCUAUAAGAUCGGCCUGAAUUCUUUUCCUGCUCCACUUGAUCACUCGGUGACGUUUCCCGAUGUACUUGCGCUGGAACUGGGUCUAGAAUAGAAGUAGGCUAGACCUUCCCCGCAUAGUGGUCAAAAGAAACCUCCGUCUCUUUUUGUCGCAAAUCGGUUUUGUUUCGCCCGCCUCGCAUAAUAUAGCCAAGACCUGGAGUAUGACUGCCAGACAAGCAUCAAAGCCCAAUUGACAAAGAUUGCUUAGAUACUACUGUCUUCAUUGGCCUGCCUAGCAAACAUUCAUUUCACUAUUCGCAACCACCCAUAGCGCCACCAUGUCAGUCGACAACAACUUGGUCGGGAGGCUUGCCCUCAUUACGGGUGCCUCUGGAGGAAUCGGGGCUGCCAUUGCCAAGGACCUCUGGUCCCACGGUUCCAGCCUAGCCCUUACCUAUUGGAGCAGCCGCGAGAAGAUCGAUGCUCUCGUCGCCGAGUUGGAGAAAUCGUCAACCAGAUCCAACACCAGGAUCUCGGUUCACCGCAUCGACAUGGGCACUCCCAACGACCAGGACUUUGACCUGCUCUUCCAGGAGAUAGUCCAGCUACAGGGCCAGUCCCCCAGCAUCCUCGUGGCCAACGCCGGGUACGGCAAGCGCUUCACAUACAUUGAGGACAUUGAGCUGGCCGAGUUCGACUACAUGAUGCGCGUCAACCUCCGCGCCCCCUUCAUCCUGGCCAAGCAGUGCGUGCCCGACAUGGCCAAAAACAAGUGGGGCAGGCUCAUCUUCAUCUCCUCCAUCGCGGCCUACGGCGGCGGUAUCAACGGGCCUCACUACGCUGCCAGCAAGGGCGGAGUGACAAGCAUGAUGCGGAACCUGUCGGCCAGGUAUGCCAAGGAUGGCAUCACGGCCAACGACGUCGCACCGGCCAUGAUUGGCGAGACGGGCAUGAUCCCAAACGCGAGGGCCGUGGAGGGCACCGCCGGAGACGUCAGGAAUAUCCCCGUUGGCAGGCUCGGGGCCCCGCAGGAGGUGGCCAACGCCGUAACGAUGCUGUGUCGGACAGGUUACCUCACCGGCCAGAGCAUAGUAUUAUCGGGAGGCUUGAGGUAAACUUGAUAGAGUUCCAAGCUGGCAUGGAUAGUAAGAACCGGUGGCUUAAUCCAGUGAAUAGCUUAUCUUUUGAUAUGCAUGGCAGAGUUGAAAAGAUAGAAUUAUUGUUCACAUAUCAGGUUACACACACUGAUGGGAUAUAUAAAAACCACAAGAGGACAGUAGGGACGAUAGCGCCACUACAAACACCACC